AUGCACAUUCUCGUGACCAAUGAUGACGGCCCGCCGUCGAACGAAUCGUCGCCUUACAUCCUCGCGUUUGUAAAGACUUUGGAGGAAGCUGGACAUGAAGUCUCUGUCAUCCUUCCCAGCGAACAACGCUCGUGGAUCGGCAAGGCUCAUAUUAUCGGGAAAGAUGUUCAAGCCACUUACUACUGGCCCGAGACUGAAGAGCACGGAACACCAAAGUCGCAAGAGUCAAAGCAAGGAAAGCCCUGGGUACUGGUCAACUCAACACCAGCCACAUGCUCCCAGCUUGGACUGGCACACUGCUUCAAGGACAGGAAGCCAAUUGAUCUUGUCGUGUCAGGACCCAACUACGGACGCAACACGACAGCCAUCUUUGCUCUGUCAUCGGGUACACUGGGUGCUGCGCUCGAAGCAGCCGUCUGCGGAGCAAAGGCAAUCGCCAUCUCGUUUGCCUUCUUCGAUCGGUUGAACGACCCCAAGAUUGUCGCACAGAGUUGCAGACAAGGUGUACGAGUGAUCGAAUACCUGGCAAAGCAACAAUGGGAUGCCGGUCGCGUUUACACAAUCAACGUUCCUGUCAAGGAUGGCGUGGAGAAGCAGCCCGUGGUCUGGACGGAGAUGUUGCAAAACCAGUGGUCAUCAAGCUCUUGCUUCGACGAGACACCAGGUGUGGUCGAGGAUGCAGAUGCAGAGGAGACUAAGCUGAGAAAGCAAGAAAGCAGAGGUGGCGAGGAGCCCAAGCAGGGACAGGACGACAGUCGGGAAGACAGCAAAUGGGAACCGAGACACUACAAGUGGGCACCCAAGUUCAAGGAUGUAUAUGAAAGCGUGGAGCGGGCUGGACCUGGCAACGACGGCUGGGCUGUACAACAGGGCCAGACGAGUGUGACAGCACUCAAAGCCAACUUCUCUCACGUCCCAGGAUACAAGGGUGAGAUCAAGCUGUAG